CAAGCUUGUAAGCAAGAAACAAAGAAAGCAGAAGCAGCAGAGGCAGAGAGACUUAAAAAAAAAAAAGAUGCUAAGCGCAAAGCUGCAGAGAAAGCAGAGAAGGAGCAGGUUAUAGAGGAGAGACAGCGCAUGAAGGCUACUGCAAAGGAAAUCCGACUCCAAGAGCAGGCUCAGAAGCAGCGGGAGAAGGAGGACAACAAGCAAGCUAGAUUAGCAGCUGCGCAGCUCUAA